AAGGGAAGAACAGAGCUUGGUGAUGUGACUCCACACAACAUAAAGCAGCUCAAGAAACUGAACUCAGUUGUGUUUCCCGUAAGCUACAACGAUAAGGUGUGAAGAGUUAAGAUUGUUUCCUUUAAGAGUGCAUCUCUUUCCUUCAGUUUUAAGUCAUUAUGCCGAUACAUUAUUCCAGUGAAAUGCCAACGUGUAUUCAGCAUGAUCAGAGUGGAAACCAUCGAAAAUUACUCACUUUCGCGAAUUCUGGACUCUGAUUGGCCUUCUUAA